AUGGAGUCACCUUCUAAGUUUGCUGAAGGCACUGGAGAAUGCAGCAGCAGCAGUGAGUCUGGUUGGACUUUGUACAUCGUCUCCCCCGACCACGACAACGAUGAUGGUGGUGGUAGUGAUGAUGAUGAAGACUGUGUCAUUGGCAAUCAAAUUGAUGGCUACAAGAAGGGCGUUGAUGAAGAUGUCGAAAGCGAUGACUCCAUGGCUUCUGAUGCAUCCUCCGGGCCGAGUGAUCCGAUAAUUAGACAUGGCUGGAUGAGCCGAGGUAGUUUAUUACAUGCUGGCAAGAAGGAUGAAGGAGAUUAUGUUGGCAAGAAGCAUAAACAGCAAGUAGUGAAUAAAUAUAAUCAAGAAAAAGGAAAGGCGGGAAAGGGUACACCUGUCAGCAGAGCAAACAGCGCUGAAAGAUCCAAGAAAACGUAG